AUGCUCCGCCAGGUUGUUCAAGGAGCUCGAUGGUGUCAACAUGGGGCCUCCAAAAGCGCCUCUAUUCCGGUUUUCCCUCGCCGCAAGACGUUCGUGACGACACUGCCGCGGUUCAUACACUUUGGCGGUCCAAAUGACAAGGUUCGGAUAUUUGAACAGGAUACGCGGGGGAGCAAGAGGCGGAGGAAGGUAGACCCUGAGGCGGAAGACCGACUCGAUCGCGAAGAGAUCGAGGAGAAGCUUUCUAGUCUCGAGCAGGAACUACAAAUGAUCAAAGAAGGCCCGUUCAGUCCGAAUAGUCCGUUUAUGAAAUCGCUACCGGAGAAGGAAAGAGUCCUUGCACUGGAGGCUCUACGAAAGUAUGAUGAGGAAAAAGGCUCCGAGAAUUCUGGAGUAGAGCUUGACGCAGUGUUCGAUGAGGAGCUAGAUGAGAUGCUAAGAAAGGAGUUUGAAGGGUUUGCAAAAGAAGAGGAGGAGUGGCUAUCUGGAAAGCAGCCUGAAGAGACCCAGGUGCCAGUUGCCAGGCCGUCUUACGAGAUUACUUCGGAGGAUUACGAUACCGACCCUUAUGUUGACAGAUUCAACACUCUCAUGAGACAAUUCGUGAGAGAUCCCAGUAAGGAGGAUCUGAGGCAAGAACUAUGGAAAUGGUACCGCCGUUGCAAGCAAGCGAGUCCAGACUUUCUUCGAAGAAUUCCGAAGGAAGCCAUCGCUCUUCUAUGGGACUCUCAGGCACUCGGGGAAUCAACCAAGGCAACUCGCCCAGCGCACCUUCAAGCGCUAUUCGAGGACGCAACCUCCGUUGGACACGUCCUGUCGACGCCUUAUAUCUUUUCAUAUAUCCUGGCUCUCCAUAAUGGUGGAGAAAGUGGCAAAGCUCUUGAUCAAUGGGAGUCGUAUCAAACAGUGCCGAGUCAGAACAAGGAAGAUCUAGAGGGAUAUUGGAAGCUAGGAGUUCAGCUUUUUGCGGCCCAAGACAACCCUCAACGUGCCCAAGAUAUUGCUCUAGCCUUUCUUGCUAACGACAAAUCUCGCCAAUCUCGUGUCCUCAUCCCAGUCAUCAAUGCAUGGGGGAGACAAUCCGGCAAAGAUGCGGAAGUUAAGGCCUGGGCGCUAUACUUACAGCUAAAGACCUUUCUUGGUGCCGAUAUGACGAUGAAAGACUACGAUUCGCUCAGCAUCGGGUUACUCAAAGCCAAUCGCCUCGAUCUCGCAUUAGCUGUGUUCAAAGACAUGAUGGUCACGGGCCAAGACCCAGCAAAUGAUUCGACAGCUCUCUACAAAGCUGCUCUUGGUUUGACGGAAAAUCUACAAGCUUCAAGCAUCAAUGAGCAGGAGGUAAACAAAGUCUCAUUGUCGGCGCUCACGCUAUUGCCCCGACGGUUCCAAAAUAGAUUCUUCUACGCAAGCUGGAUAAAGAAACUGAUUGGGAUGGGCGAGGUAGAUUCUGCUGCUCUAGUGAUCGAAUUGAUGUAUGAACGGGGAGUGAGGCCUGAUUCGAAGCAUCUCAAUGGAAUCAUUGCUGCUUGGUUGCGUGAGGGAAGUGCCUCUGCUCGAGAUAAGGCUGAGAGACUGGGAUGGGCUAUGGUCCAGCAACGGAUUGAUAUAGUCUGGGUGGACGGUGUUCCCGUUGACACUUCGAACCCCCCUGUCAAACCUGUUAUCUCUCAAUCAGAAGAUGGGGUUCGCAUCCCCAAAUUCAUGCAAAGAACAGUUCCACCGGCCAAUAUCGAGACCUUCUCCAUACUGCUUCUUCACUACACUCGGCGAAGUGAUGAUGACAUGAUCAAAUACUUGACCAAAUGUCUUGGGGAUGCACGAAUUCGACCCAACUCCUAUUUCAUGAACCAUCUUCUCUACGCCGAACUCCGAAAGCAGGAUAUCCGAUCUCUAUGGCAGAAAUUCCAGACCAUGUCCACAUCCAUCCGACCGGAUUUGGAGACCUACGCGUGUCUGUGGGACUGUGCGAAACUGCAGUACGACCGUUCCCGCACGGCAUUCGACGCCGUGUUCCCAUCUGCUCGCGCGCUGUUCUCUGAGAUGAUGCAUUGGCAUUCGCAGUUGACCCCGCGCCACAGGGCAGUUGCCGACGAGGAAUUUUCCAAGGAACUCUACGACCAGAUCAUCCGCUGUUUCUGCCUGUCGAAAGAUCUCGAGGGCACGCUAGUUGCCCUCCACGCUUUGAAAGAGCGGUUCGGCGUCUACCCGGACGAUAGCACGGCUCGACUGGUGGUCCUACAAGUCGCUCGGAUGGCAGGCGUCCCCGCCGACACCCCCAAACGACGGCUGCGGCGCCUCUCGACCACUCCGCGGAGCAAAGAGAAUAUCAUGCAGGUGAACAGACUCAUGGAGCUCCUGAGCGAGCGCCGCGCCGCCGCCCUGCAGGCUCAGGGUUUGGAUGUGGAACACCUGGACCCGGCCGAGAAACAACAGAACCAACUCGGCAUCCUGAGCGAUCUCGUCCGAGUCAUCAUGGCCCGCGUUACCGCCGAUCCGGACCGGGUCCAGAGAAAAAUCACCAAGGCUGCCGCUGAGAUGAGUAUGGCGGAGAUGAAGGUUGACCUGCCGGCGAGCAAUAUCGCUGGUCUUUUAUAA